AUGGAAAGCUCAACUCAUAGAAUGGAAGUAAGCGCAGGUCACGACCAUAGUGGCAUGCAUAUGGGAGAUGAGGAUGAUAUGUGUUCGAUGAACAUGCUAUUCUCGUGGUCAUACAAAAAUACAUGCAUUGUCUUUGAAUGGUGGCAUAUCAAGACACUACCUGGACUAAUUUUAAGCUGUUUAGCAAUUUUUGGGCUGGCGUACCUUUACGAGUAUUUAAAGUAUUGUAUCAAUAAGAGACAACUAUCACAGAGAGUUUUAUUGCCAAAUCGAUCCCUAACGAAGAUUAAUCAGAAAGACAAAGUCUCUAAUAGUAUCCUGUACGGUUUACAAGUAGGAUUCUCGUUUAUGCUGAUGCUUGUGUUCAUGACUUAUAAUGGGUGGUUGAUGCUAGCUGUCCUAUGUGGAGCAAUAUGGGGUAAUUACAGCUGGAAUGCAUCCUAUAGCCCUGAAAUAGAUGACAACUCGCUUGCCUGCCAUUGA